AUGGGUUGCGUCUUUGGAAGACAUUGUGACCCUGGAGUUCCAGAUCCAUCGGUUCGCUACAAAUGGCAUGUUGAUUGCCUCAUUCUCGAUGAUGGUCAUAAUUCCGAGAUCCGACGGGGUGGAUUGGUGUACAUCCAGGACGAGGCAAUAAGAUAUCGUCCAAGAAGGUUUGACUGCUCGAAAAUUGGCGGCGCUUAUAGCGUUGAAAUCGCCAACGUGCAGAACACCAGCAAAGGAAAGACAUACACGGAUGAGCGUAGCCACCAGCAAAUCAAAAGAAACAUCAUCUGGAUUGAAGUACAUGAGAAUGACAUUAAUCAAACACUUGGAUUAGUGACGAUUGGAGAUGUCGAUAAGAUCUAUGACGACAUCUGCGACAUCAUUUCGAAGCAUCGCCAGAAGCCGAGAAUCGUUCAAUACAAUUCUGUGGACAUCGAUGGGGUUGAAAUCGAACCAAUGUAG